AUGGGGAAUCCGCUGGACGCCACGUUCGCGUUGAUGCUCAUCGCGUUCUUCAUUGAUGCCGUCCUCUAUGGAGCUGGAAUGCUGCUGGCCUUUCAGUACUUCACGAGGUAUCCCGAGGAUCCAAAGUCUUCCAAGUGGAUCGUGGGGACCAUGGCCUUCCUCAUGACGGUUCACAUUUGCACAUACUUUGCCUGGGGCUACUUCGCGUUCAUACAAAGUUUCAGUAGCCUCACCCAGAUCGACAUUAUGCCCAGGACGGCCGUCACUCAGCUGCUGGCUAUCUACAUCGUCGCCUUCAUAUCACAGAUGUUCUUCGCUUGGAGAAUAUGGAGGCUGAGCCACCGAAGUGUCUUUUUGACAGGCAUUCCGGUGCUUCUGGGUCUGCUGCAACUAAGUGCUGGCAUCGCACAGACGACGUUAUCUGCCGAAGUCGGCAGGUUCAGUCUCCUGGCUUCGACAGAAAAAGUCACAACGACGCAGAGCGCUGCGACUGCGGCGUGCGAUCUGUCCAUCACGGUCAUUCUUAUUACCUUAUUCCAUACCAGUCGCACGGGCUUAAAACGCACGGACACACUCCUUAACAAGCUCAUCGUCUAUUCCCUCAAUCGAGGAGUGCUCACGACCCUCGCCGCGUUCUUCAACAUGCUCUUCUUCGUGCUCUUCCCCGACAAGUUCAUAUUCAUGUUGCCCCUCCUGCCCAGCGGUCAAUUAUAUCUCAUCUCCGUGACCACGACACUCAUUUCCCGCCACACCCUCUCCUCCGAAUCAACACGGGGGCACAGCACCGCGAACGCCUCAGGCUUCCCUCUCUCCGCCGUGCCGCAGAACGGCGGCCCACCAGGGGGCGGCGUGCAUAUUACGACGUCGGUGCUGGCAUGGGGCCCUAACGACGAGGAACUAGGUGAGACGACGAUUGACCAGACCGCUACAAAAAAGGAUAGGAUGGAAUACGCGGAGUAA